GAAGAGGCCCCCAAGAUCGUUCCAAGAUUGCCCAAUUGGCGCCCAAGGGGGCCCCAAGACGAGCCCAGGGCCCAGGAGUGGCCCAACACGGCCCCAAGACUCGCCGUUGCCAUGUUGGUUCAAGAUUGUUUGGCUCCAGCUGGGCCUUCGCAGUCUGAAGCACACCCGCACACUCGUCGUACAUCCUACAACUUCUGGUCGGCUCACCCGUCUCGCAGAUGGCCCGUCUCUUGUUGAUUGCCAGUCUCGGGGCACGCGGCGCCGCCAGCCUGGGUGCGCCCCCCCCACCACCCCCCGAUUCCAGCAUGAUGCAGUUUGGGGCAGCAGUGGACAAGACCAACGCCUCGCAGCAGGCAGGGACACCUCCAGUGUAUACGUACGUGAAGAGUCCUGGAUACUGCCUGGACCUAUGCGGGACUGACCUCAUGGACUGGUGGACGCUGAGCUCAGACACUCCUCGCACGUACGCAGCUUAUGCGGCAGCGUGCGACGCUAAUGAUGAUUGUAUCGGGUUUGGGGACCACUACGACUUCGACCGAUACUACCUCAAAUCGCGGCUUGCAAUGAACACGGCAGUGGCGAAUUGCAAUUUAGGAGUAGGCAUUUCCACGGGGAACUACGCAAUCAUAAACAAUUGUUACAAGAAGGUCGUGUCAGCGACGCCCAGUCCGACGGGCAGCCCGACCUUCAGCCCGACCUCGUUCCCGACGCCCAGUCCGACGGUCAGCCCGACGAGCAGCCCGACCUCCAGCCCGACGCAGGCAACGCCACCUUCAGCGGGUGGGGCAGGUGCUGGAGCUUCCGCCAUUGGCGACCCCCAUCUGCAAAACAUCCAUGGCCAGCGGUUCGACCUGAUGAAGGCGGGCAAGCACGUUCUAAUAAACAUCCCCCGUGGAAUGGCUGCUGACCAAGCCCUGCUUCGCGUGCAGGCCGAGGUGCGCCGAAUGGGUGGACAUUGCGCGGACAUGUACUUCCAGGAGCUCAACGUGACGGGGUCUUGGGCAGAGGCAAAACAAGCUGGAGGGUAUCAUUACAGCGUAUCGCAACGUUACGUGAAGACUCCGACAUGGGUUGCCUUUGGCCGGGUCGAGCUCAAAGUCGUUCACGGACGUACGGCCAGUGGCCUCCUGUAUUUGAAUAUCUACGUGAAGCAUUUAGGGCGGGCGGGGUUUGCAGUCGGAGGUCUCCUGGGCGAAGACGACCACGGGGAGGAGAGCACCCCUCCGGAUGCUUGCCACCAGCGCACGGCCCUCGUGGCGGGGAGCAAUGGGGGCCCGCGCGUAGCUUCGGCUGCAGCAGCGAGUCUCCAGUGAGCAAGAUCAGGUCCUCAGUCUGAACAGCUAGCCCCACAUCGGCCGCUGGCGACCGGCGGCUCCGUCGGCUGGGCGUGCCACCAUUGCGGGGCCGAGGCUAGCUCUCGCCGUUCAUUUCUGCGUUGAUCGUCCGUGGCUUCGGCUGCAGCAGCGAGACUCGAUUGACUCACCUCGGGUCCGUCGACUGGCCUCCUCUGCUCGUAUCGGUUCCCCCCCUCCCCAUCGUCUUGCCCUCCCUUUGGGGCCACGAGCGGUGCUGCUCGUGCGUGUGAGCUGGCCAAGGCCGGCUCGAGCCCUCACUCGAUUCUGUGUGCCUUGCUGUGUAAAAAACGGCGGCCCCAAGACGCUCCGAAUAUGGAGCGUCGGAUCGCACGGGAAGGGUCAUUAGCGAAUGACGGGA